CAAAGAUUAAAAUAGGAAAAUCACACGAAUGAUGCUUGAAGUACUCUUGAUUCUCGUUGUCUUUGCCACCCGGAACUGUGCCCUACCACCCUAUAGUAUGUGCUACAGGACAUCGUCAGAUGAUGCUUCCACUCUAUGUGGUCCGCAACCCAAUUUAGUCACAAUGAGACCCAAGUCGGAGGAAAUAUUUGCAAGACCCACAUCUAAUUGGCAACCUAAUCAAUUUCCUGAUAGUAUCAUUAGGAGUAAUGGAAGAGAGCAAGAAAUCAAAUUGAACACUGAAUCACGAGAUGGUGAUGAAGAUUUAAGAACAGCAGAAUCAUUCAACAUCGGCAUUUAUUCGUGGCCCAACCAUAAGCCAUGGAGCUUAUUCGGCGGUCAUGGACAUGGACACGGGCAUCAUCACCAUGGAUUCUGGCCACCCCCUCCACUGCCAUGGGGGCCAGCUCCCUGGGGUGCUCCCUGGGGAGCACCGUGGCCACCACUGCCCUUCCAUGGUGGCUGGUGCUGUUAACACCCCAGAAUUACCUUCUCGUAUACAUAGAUAAAUAAAUAAUUUGUUUUAUACACUAAGAAAAAUUCAUGUGUAAAAUCCUAAUAAAACGGUGUUUAUUUUGACACAAAAUUCUAUCCCUUAAUAAACUGAUUAGGGAAAACUGGGGCACCACCAAACACGGGGUACCACCAAACACUGCGAUUUUUUAAUCGGAUAUUCGACUUCAGAGGAUAAGACCUAUAGGAAUUUAUAUAGGAUUUUAUAGGGACGCUUGUCC